CACACUACGUCCCCCUGUUUCACUCCUAUCUGUUCUGUUCCACUCUUGAGCUCUGCUGACCCUCAUCAAGGGACCCAAGAAGACAAUGGCCAUAACUGGAGACACAGUGUUAGGGUUUUUCAUCACAGUGGUCCUGCUGUGCUGUCAGGAAUCAUGGGCUAUCAAAGAGGAUCAUGUGAUCAUCCAGGCCGAGUUCUACAUGGAACCUGACUCAACCGGCGAGUUCAUGUUUGACUUUGAUGGUGAUGAGAUCUUCCACGUGGACAUACAAAACAGGGAGACAGUCUGGCGGCUGAAAGAAUUUGGCACCUUUGCCAGUUUUGAGGCUCAGGGUGCAUUGGCCAAUAUCGCUGUGGACAAAGCCAACCUGGAAAUUAUGAUGAAGCGCUCCAAUUACACCCCGAAUACCAACGUACCUCCAGAGAUGACUGUGUUCCCGAACAAAGCUGUGGAACUGGGAGAGCCCAAUAUCCUCAUCUGUUUCAUUGACAAGUUCUCCCCACCUGUGCUCAAUGUCACGUGGCUUCGAAAUGGGAAACCCGUCACAACCGGAGUGUCAGAGACAGUCUUCCUGCCCAGGCAGGACCACCUGUUCCGCAAGUUCUACUACCUCCCCUUCCUGCCCUCAAAUGAGGACUACUAUGACUGCAAGGUGGAGCACUGGGGCUUGGAGAAGCCUCUUAUCCAGCACUGGGAGUUUGAAGCACUGACCCCCCUCCCAGAGACCACAGAGAAUGUGGUGUGUGGCCUGGGCCUGGUUGUGGGUCUGGUGGGCAUCAUUGUUGGGACCGUCCUCAUCAUCAAGGGCGUGCGCAAGGGCCAAGCUGCUGAACGCCGAGGGCAGCUGUGAGGCACUUGCAGGUGGGUGUGGGAAUGGACUUGCUUACGGAGAAGAUCAAUGAAGAGAUAUCUGCUUUAAUAUCUUUACACACCUGGCACUUCUCCAGAUGUUCACCUCAGUGAGGACAACCAUUCUUCAGCACUUCCAGCCCCUAAAUCAGUCUACGAGGGGUGAUGCCUGCGUCUUAGUCUCUCCGUAUUCCAGGAUCUGGUUGGGCUGCCCUGUCCGUUGCCCCUUUCUACAUCUGCUUUCCCUCCAUUUCCCAUUACCUUUUUUACUAUCAGCGAUGCCCCUGCAAUGAUAGGCCAUAAGAUCCUUUCUUUGCUAUGAUAGCAUCUCCUGUAUAUUUCUUGCUUGGGAUUUCAAACUGUAGUUGUGUUUUUUCUAAAUACAAUAAAUAUUGGCUGAGUAUAGGUGGA